AUCCAUCCAACGAGAAACCCACUAACCCUUUCAACAAUGACAACAGCAGAAGCAGGACCAUCCACAGCGCCGGUAGCGACACGCACGUCGAGCAGAAUACGGCAAAAAUCGAGCCGCGCCAUCGACAGUGAGGACACGGAGAAGCUCUUAGCCGCCGCCAAGGCUCGUGCGAGCGCAGCGUCGACCCCGGCUCCAGAGCAGCCUGUCGCUGAGAGCGCCGCCGAGGCCACUGCUACUGCCGAGCCGUCGCGCAAAGGCAAGGAGAGGCCCAAGAGGGGCGCAGCACCCGCGCCGACAAAGUACCGCAAGUCCAAGUACUGCGUCUGCAAGGAAGCCCGGCCCGGGCCGAUGAUCGAGUGCGGAGAGUGCGGUAACUGGUUCCACUUCGACUGCCUCAACCUCGAUCCGGAGGAGGCCGAGCGCAUCCGUAAGUCCCGCGCUCGUCAUCGUAAGAUCAACACCAACACUGCAGACAAUUACGUGUGUACCGAGUGCGAGGAGAAGACGGGCAAGAAGACGACGAAAAUCCACGACCUCGAGACUUUCCCGUCGCCAAAGCCACCGUCCGACGUCGAAGUCAAAGUCACAGGCAAGCGCAAGGCCUCAGGGAAGAAGAAGGCGACCUCGCCACCACCAGAAGAUCCAGCGUCUCCAAAGUCUGCCAGCGAGUCGGAGGACGAUGAAUCAGAAGCUGCUCCAAGUGAAGCCGAGUCAGAUGCCGAAAGCGACGACGACAAGCCUCGCCGGCCUACCAAGCGCGCGAGGAAGCCUUCGUUCGCCGCAGCUACGGCCCCGGCAGCGCGCCGCUUGUCCAAGUCUGAGGCAAAGCCCAAGCGUCCAGAACCCCCUAGGAAGGCCUCCAGCUCCAAUGCAUCUGAAGCACUUCCACCUGCACGACAGUAUGUUCUCGACAAGAUGGCCGCGACGAUCAGGUCAAUAUAUGGCGAGGAGAAGAUGAGCGCCGAGUUUGCCGAGGAGUACGGCCGCACCCUUGAAGCUGCGAUCUUUGCCAACUUCAAGGAGAUCAUCAAGGGCAAGGAGGCCGCGGGUGGACGGUACAAGGCACAAUUCAACCUUCUCCACUCGUCGCUGUCCAAGGAUGUUCGGCCAGACCUGAAGCAGGAGAUUGUCGACGGCAUUCUCCCACCAGCCAAGCUCGCCCUCCUCAACUCUGAGCAGCUAGCGUCCGCCGAGCAGCUCGAGGUGAUCAACAAGGCGAAGCAGGAGGCACUGCGGCAGACUGUCAGGAUGAAGGACGACAUGACGGGCGAAGUGCGCAUCGGGCGUGACGGCUUCGAGAAGGCCGAGGACCGGCGCGAGGCGGAGAUGAGCGAGAUUGUGCGGCUCGAAGAGGCGCAGCGACGGCGUGAGAGUGGCGUGGCCGAGCCAGCGCCCGUCCCGCCCAGCCCUGUGCGCCGCGAGUCGGUCGAAGUGGCCGCCUCGCCCCAGACAAUCACCGGCUCGCCCGCAGCCGCGACCGCGUCGCCCAAGUCGCCCAUCCUGCGCCGCAAGUCGUCAGCCAAUCUCCCACCCCGCGCGCCUGCCGUGUCCCUCCAGUCGGCGUGGGGCUCGAACAUUGAAGAAGAGGUCAAGGAGGCCAUCGACUUUGACGACGAGGACCAGAAGAUUGACCUGAGCGAUAUCGUGCCCGAUGCCGUCGACGAGGACGAGGAGGACGAGGUGCUCAAUGACGACAUGAACAUUGACGAGGAGAAGACCGCGCUGCAAGUCUUCCUCGACAAGCCGGCGGGCUGGACAGGCGGGCUCUCCAACCCGGCCAAGGAGUCGCCCCAUGUCCCGCCGGUACAGCUGCGCCUCGCCGCUGGCCGCGUGUCUGCCCCACCGCCAGACGAGUACUGGGGGCGCUUGCUACCGCAGCCCGUUAUCGCCAUCACGGGCCGCGUGCCGACAGCCCACAGCCUGCAGUACCUCUCCGACCGGCGGAUGGACCGCACCAAAGAGCUCGUUACGGUCGUGUUCACGCUCGACGACAAGGCAAGCGCCGACGAGCGGGCUGCGUUUAACGAGAUUGUCGAGUUUCACGUCCAGAGGGACCGCCAUGGAAUCUACCACCCGUACGGCGACCGCCCACCUCGCGGCGUCGCGCGCGAGCUGUACCUCAUCCCCUUGCGCCCGUCGGACCCGACCCCAGAGCUCAUGGACCUGCUGGACAACUACGCGCUGCCGAAGGACGGCCGCGCCGAGUCGGUCUUUAUCGGCGUCUUCGUCGUCAACAGGGACACGCCGCCAGCGACGGUGCAGUCGCCCGCUGAACCACAGCGCCGCGCGCCGCCCGCGCCGCUCCCACACCAGCCGUACCGCCCCCCACAGAAGCAGCAGCAGCCCCCAGCGAUCAGGUCGCCCGUCGCGCCGCCCGAGCCGACGCCGGCGCCGAAGCUGCCCAACCUCCAGGGCCUGCUCGCGAGCCUCAACCCGACGGCCAUCGCGAACGUGAUCGGCUCGCAGCCGAACCGGCCCCCACCUCCGCCACCGCCUACCCUGCCUGGCAACCACAGGCCGCCGCCGAUGGGGUACUACCCUCCUCCGCCGGCGCCGUAUGCCCCGCCGCAGGACUAUGGGCGCAGGGACGACGAGUACAACCCCGGGUACGACCCGCGGGGCCAGUACGACAACAACAGGCCACAGCACGACCCGUACGGGUACCGCAGCCCGCCAGGCCCUUCGGGCGGUGGCCGCGCACCCCCGCCACACAUGGCCCCCUAUGGCUACCGCAGCCCACCGCCUGGACAGGGCCGCGGUGGCCCGCCGCCUAGAGGCCCCGGGGGCCAGGGAGGCUGGGGUGGUGGAAAUGACAGGUACCCACCGCCCACUGGCCCACAGGGUAACCGCUGGGGUGGUGGUGGCGGCCGUAGAUAGAUGAUUGUGAUGUAAUGUCUCGUGUCGGUG